AAUGAAGUUUGCACUCACCACUUGACAUCAGUCUUCAUAGGACAUGGUACAGCUGUUCACCUCAAGGAAGAACUGAAUAAAGUUCCUCACAGAGUAGGGUUGGAAAAAUUAUUGCAAAUUAGUAUGGAUGGUCCGAAUGUAAAUUGGAAAAUGUAUGAUGAUUUGUCAAGAGAAUACAAAUCGGAAGUGAACCGUUCCGUACUCAACAUGGGCUCGUGUGGGCUCCAUAUAGUUAAUGGUGCUUUUCUAACAGGUGCCAAGGCUGCUGAGUGGGAGGUAGAGAGCUUCCUAUCAUCCUUGUAUUAUUUGUUUGCUGAUGCCCCAGUCAGAAGAGAGGAUUAUGAGAAGAUAACUGGAGAUCAUACUAUGCCACUCAAAUUUUGCAAGACUCGAUGGCUGGAAGAUCUUCCUCUUGCAGAGAGAGCGAUCAACAUCUGGGAGUAUGUAUGUUAAGGCAGUUGAAGAGAAGAAAAUCUCUCACCCAAAGAACAAGUCAUUUGAAACUGUUCAGAAGUGUACCAAGAUGGCUGAUUUUCCAGCAAGACUGAGCUUUUUCAUAUCGGUGGCAAAGUUGGUCAAUCCCUUUCUAACAGACUACCAAACUGAUGUGCCAAUGUUGCCCUUCUUAGCCUAAGAGCAAACCAGAAUGCUUGCUUCCCUUAUGCAGUGAUUCUUAAAACUUGACAGGAGUACCCUUACUUCUCCUUACAAGAUAAUGCAGGUAGAUAUUAGCAGCGAGGCCAUUCAGCUGCCUUUGAUCAAGGUCGAUAUUGGAUUCUACACUGAGAAAAAGCUAAAGGAUCUGAAAGCAAAAAACAUCAUCAUUGAGCGAAGGAUUCUGGAAUUUCGCGUCCAAGCAAAACAGUUUCUUGCUGCAAUGACCCGCAAGCUCAUUGACAGAUGUCCGCUUAAGUAUGCACUUGUGAGAAAUAUGGGAUGCUUAAAUCCAAAGAACAUGGCAAAAGACAAAGAAAACACUACUGCAAAGCUGAAAAGGAUGCUUAGCUCCCUUACUGAUGCAAACAGACAUGAGGAUUCAUGUGAUGACAUCCUAAGAGAAUACUCAGAAGCAUGUGAUGAGGCAUCAAGAAGCGCAGAGAUGAGAGAAUUUGAUCUGAAGAAAGACAAACUGGACUCUCUGAUGUGCACAUUUCUGUCUGAGUCUCGCUAUUCAUCUUUAUUAAAGGUGGUCCGCAUGUUGCUUGUCUUGUCCCAUGGACAAGCCUCUACUGAAAGAGGAUUCUCCGUCAACAACAAAGUUGAAGAGGACAAUCUUCUAGGGCACUCGCUAAUAUCUUUGAGGGCUAUAUAUGAUCAUAUCAAAUAUGCAGGAGGAAUUCAGAACAUUAUUAUCGACAAGUCGCUCAUGUUAGCUGCUUCAGCAGGUAGGCAAAAAUACCAUAUGUAUCUUGAUGAGCAGAAACAUGAAAAGGAAAAGAAGGAAAGAAAAAGAAAAGGACUGCUUGAUGAGAUAGAUGAACUGAAAGCUAAGAAGUCUAACUGCAAGCAGAUAUCAAAAGUCUUCAAGAAUCAGCAGACAAGUUUGCAGAGGAAGCCGAGUCAAAUGGCAGAUUAACUUGUAUAUCCAAAUCAAACAGCCUCCUACGUACAGCAAAGGAGAAGAUGUCCCAAUUAGAAGGGAUUCAGAAACAAAUUGAUGAACAGCUGAAUAUCAUCAAGAAUUCGUAAAGUAAGACACAGUGGAUAAGUUUGCAGAAGAAGCUAAAUCAACUGACAGUUUGACAUGUAUAUCAAAAUCAAACAGUCUCCUAUGUUAACAGGGGUGUUAACAGCUCUGUAUGUACAGUAGAGGAGAUGUCUAAAGUAGAAAUCAGUCAGAAACAAAUUGAUGAACAGAUCAAUGUCAUCAAGAAUUCAUAAAUUAAGACUCUGCAUUGCAGAUAAGUUUGCAGAAGAAGCUGAAUCAACUUCAAACAGCUACUGAUGUACAUCAAAGAUGUCUCAAGAAGAACUCAUUCAGAAACAAACUGAUCAGCUAAAUGCCACAAAUAAUGCAUAAUGUAAAUAUUUUGUUGUUGUUAAUGGGGGGAUGCAAAAGAAGAGACGGUGCAGUAUAUACACUUUGCUUCGCUUUGGGAUCAAAUUUUUUGGUCUACCAUGUAAAACUUUGUUCAAAAGUCAUGGAAUUCUGGCUUGAAAAGUCAUGGAAUUUCACAUGUAAGAAAGUGUAUGAACCCUGUAAUUGGCCAACUCCUGAUGUUUGUAUUCAUGGUAACCCAUUGCACUGUCUUCCGGUGUGGGACUUUAUGCAAAUGAUAGAUAUCUCUUUGGUCCACACGCACUUCUCUGGUUUUCUCUCCUCUACGCAUUCUCUUCUUUGCUGGGGAGGCUGACAUGAGGAGUUCCCCUUUGGAUCAAUGUAAUCCCACUGGUUUGUGAUUGAAAAGAAUUAACCCCACAAUUGGAAAUAGGGUAGAGGGUUUACCUGGAAAUUGUAUAAACCACCCCUACACUAAGAAUUAGCCUAUUCCAGGUGGUUAUUACCAAUGAGUUGAAUAUGCAGGAUGCAAUUUUGGGAUGGUUCAUUCCUGCAUCUGCUUAUUUUGGUAGGUAUUUCAUGUAAGCAUUUCUCACAUAUUCUAUGAUUUGAUUCAUUUCUCUAGUCACAUUACACAUACAUACACUUUAGUACUGUGCAUGAGAUUCUUUUUACUACCAUUCUGCACAACCACUUGUUUUGGGCAAGGAGUAUUUCCUACUUGAGUUGGAUGCUGUUUCCCACCACAAGAUGCUUCCAUUAGGUUCUUCUUCCCCCCCCCCCCAAAUUACAGACGCAUUCCAUGAGUUUUCCUAUUUUGUCACUAUAUUCUGAGAAAGGAGCUCAUCAUUUUAAUUUUUUCAUCUGCACCAGCCCCUCCACAAACUUUUCAGUGUGGAACUCUGACUAGCCACCUGUUUUGUGGAGAUGUGAGUAGCAUUUCUGAAGUUAACAUUUUCUUUACCUUAAAAUGUAUUUUAUAUAGAUAUUCAACUCUUCACAGAACCACCCAUUAUUCUUCCCCAAUUUCUGUGUCUCUUUUGCCUUGUCAAGAAUAACUUUCUGGUAUACACAUAGUGCUCAAUGGGAGUACUGCAUAUGGAGGAUGUAUCACCCUCCUAUUGGCAGAGGGGUAUAAUAGUUUAAUGCUGAUUGCAUCAUAGUCUGACACAGUACACCUAUUACAUGGCUUGGCACACAUACAAAAAUUUUCAGAAGUAGCAUGAAUUAUUAGCUAUCUGUUCUGUGGAGAAAUGAGCAUCAAUCAGAAAUACAUUUUCAGGUAAUUUAGAUGUUAAUAUUCAGGAGCAUAAUAGACAUACAAGACUUUAGUACCAAUCUGAUUGUCAUAGCUCAUCAUUCCCUAGAAGACGAUAUGAUAAAUUGGAAUAAUAUUAAAAUAAUGAGAUAUGUACCAUACACAAGAAGAAGACUGAUAAAAAAAAGCUUUCUACAUCCACUUAACUGAUAACACACUCAGUCAACCUACUUCUGUCAUUAAAACAAAAGUAUCCUUCAUGAACACAUUCAGAUAUGUUAGUCGAAAGAAGCCUUAAUGGGAGAGGCCCCAGACAAAUUGCUAAUGACUGGCUUCUAUUCGAAAUCUCCAGGAUUGAAAUAGUCCUUCUUAAGACUUCUCAAAAGACAGAAGCAGAUGAGAAAAUGAAGCUUAGGAUAAACACUAGUUAAUAAUUAUGUAUGUAGUUAACUAAUUGUAAUUGAACCAUUUCUGGUGUAUAUGUUAACUGAUUUUUAUCACUGAUAGUAGUACUUUACUGUUAAUAACUGUACUCUUU